UACGCGUGUGUCCUUUGUUUGAACCUUAUUUUUUGGAUUUUCUUCUCUUCUAAGAGAAUUUUCGUUAUUGUUAACGUCUUUGUAUUCUCAUUUAACGCCACUUCUGUAUACAUUAUACGCUAGAUUUUGGCCGUAUUGACCUUCGUUCGAGGGCAGGAGCCAGGAGCCAUUCAAGUAAAGAAGAAGAAGAAGCGACACGUAACUGGGAAACCGCAUACGAGAGAAAGACCACGUACUCACUAACCUCAACGACGACAACGAUGCCUAGGAAGAAUACGGCGGCCGCCGCGUCCUCCGCGACAACCGUCCCGUCCUCCGCAACAACCGUUCCGUCCUCCGCAACAACCAUCCCGUCCUCCGCGACAACCGCCACCUCGUCGUCGUGGAGUAGCAUCCAAUCGCCGCCGAGCACGUUGACGCCGAUCGUCAGCCGACAGCCCGGCAGCCCGCUCAGCCCCAGCGAUCGGGCAUCUUACAUCGACACGAUACGUUAUCUCCAGUCUGAGAACUCCCGGCUGAAGCGGGAGGUGCAAAUCACCCAGAAAACAGUCACUCGGGCCGUCACUCGGGAGAUGUCCAACAUCGAGGCCGGGUACAGCGUCGUAAUCUAUAACAAGCGAAAGCGGCUCGAUGAGACGGAUACGGAACGCGUUCUGCUCGAGCUCAAUAUCAAACGCUUGCGGAAUGAUAACAAACAUCUCAAGAGCAAAUUGGAGAAGAAGAUAAAGAAUUGGCAGAUAGCAGAACGAAAUGCAGUCAUACAUGAAAAAUGCUCCAGUGAUUUGAAUUUGAAUCGGAUAAAGGAGCGAGUCGAUUUUGCAGAAGCUAUCAUAUCACGUGUCUUGUGCGUAUCGUGGAAAAGCCCAGGGAAGCGAAGCAUAUUUCUGCCGCAAAUGGCAGUAUACAUGCAAACACAGAGAGGGCUGGACUUUACCGAUAUUAUCCAUCAGGCAUGAGGUUAUGUUACAUGCAUGUUUUCGAAAGAGAAGAAUCCUUUGAUAGACGUGUCAUCUGGCCGUGAAGACAGUUCGAAUAGUCAAGCGAGUCCUUUGUUAAGUUUUGUGGGGACUUCUUCAUCUUGUCAAUUACCGAUGAUACCAAUACCAGGCAACAACUCAUCAGAACCGAAAAGUUUGACUUAUUUAUUAGAUUGUUAUUCAAGAAUUGCAAUUGAAGAAAGAAAUCAUGGAAAGCAAUCCAGUGUACUUCUCUCCAAUACUCUUUCCGAUGUAGUGACAAUUUUGAAAGCGCAAUGUGUUCAGUAUUCCAGCCUCGUUCUACAAGGGUUAAUCGGCAUUUGCCAAGCUGCUGACAUACCUCUUUGCACCAUUCAUUUUUACAAUCGGAUAUUAUCGCAAAACUUACCUCGG